AUGGAUAAUCACUUCAUCAUUAUCGACGACGAGAAUUCCGCCAUUGUUUCAGCACUGCGGUAUGUCAUUUCCGUCGGCAACGCCACCGUUACAAGCAGUGGUGUUUUGAGUAAUUCUCGAAGUCAGCGGUCGUCGGUGGGGCAGGAAGUCUGUAGCAAAUGUAAAAUGCGAGUCCCAGAUCAAUGUUUGGGUUGUGAAAUGUUCACCGGCGGUGGUGUAGAAGAGAUGGGAAAGAGAACGAUGAAGGUUUACAGAGGAGUUCGUCUCCGGCCGUCAAGGAAAUGGGCGGCGGAGAUAAUGGUUCCGGGGACGAAAGAACGGAAGUGGUUGGGGACUUUCGAGACUGCAGAAGAGGCCGCCAGAGCUUAUGACGUUGCCAAUAUUUACUAUAGAGGAAACAAGGCGAAGACAAAUUUCCCGGUGGAGGAGUACGCCGACUCAAUUUGCAGCGAUAACAAUUCCUCAGAGCUUAAAAAUCACAAUUCGAUUUAG